GCACGCGACUCGCGACCGACGGGCUCGUCUGGGUUUGUGAUUGGUCCGCGCGAUGGCGGUGAUGGCGGUGAGUCGCGUGGCACCCGCGCCCGCGACUCGGCCGGGGGCGCGGUCGGGGGCGCGCGCACCGAGUAGAGGACCGGGUCCAUCGUCGUCGUUCAGUGGACGGGGCUCCAGGAGGUGUGCUCCUCUGAGGGCAGGGCGUGGCAUGACCCUCGGGGAAUGGUGCGACGAGAACGGCGAUUACGGCGAUAAGCUGCUGGAGGAGUGGUACGAUCCUGAUAGGACGGUGGAGGAGGUGACGAGAGGCGCUAAGUACAAGGCGCUGUGGAGGUGCUCGGCGGGAUGCACGAAGGACGGGAAGGCGUUCACGUGGGAGGCAAGGGUGAGCAAUCGCACCAGUUCAAAUCGUGCAGGGUGCCCUGGCUGUGCAGGUAGAAAUGGAUCGCCGACGGAUCAAAACAACCUACAACAGUGGUGCCAGGACAACAGUGAAUACGGGCGGAAGCUGAUCGAGGAGUGGGCAGAGCCGGACUUGGCCAUUAAGGACGUGACGCCCGCGUCACAUAAGAAGUUGAUGUGGAGGUGCUCGGCGGGAUGCACGAAGGACGGGAAGGCGUUCACGUGGGAGGCAGCGGUGGGCAAUCGCACCAGUUCAAGACGUGUAGGGUGCCCGGGCUGUGCAGGUCAAUCGCCGACGGAUCAAAACAACCUACUGCAGUGGUGCCAGGACAACGGUGAAUACGGCCGGAAGCUGAUCGAGGAGUGGGCAGAGCCGGACUUGGCCAUGAAGGACGUGACGCCGUCGUCAGGGUCAACAGGUAUGAAGAUGUCGUGGAGGUGCUCGGCGGGAUGCACGGAGGACGGGGAGCCGUUCACGUGGGAGGCAAUGGUGCACAAUCGCACCAGUUCAAAACAUCCCGGGUGCCCGGGCUGUUCAGGUAGAUCGCCGACGGAUCAAAACAACCUACUGCAGUGGUGCCAGGACAACGGUGAAUACGGACGGAAGCUGAUCGAGGAGUGGGCGGAGCCGGACCUGGCCAUGAAGGACGUCAUGCCCGCGACAAACAAGAAGCUGUCGUGGAGGUGUACGGUGGGUUGCACGGAGGACGGGGAGACAUUCUCGUGGGAGGCAACGGUGAACAAUCGCACCCGUCCAGAACGUGAAGGGUGUCCGGGCUGCAGUCCUUACGCGCCGAUAAGCCUGCAGAAACGCCUAGGAAAAGUACCACGAUGAAACAGUGUUCUUAGCUCGACUUCC